GAUCUACUUGACUGUAUUUAAUGUUGACGCUGUUGGGGAAGAUAUUGCACACAAACCCGUUACCAACGUCUUUUCCCGCUCUACUUUCCAAUCAUAUUCGCUGUCUCUGCUGAACCAAAAACCGCCGCGAUGUUAUUUUUCAGCUUCUUCAAGACGCUGAUCGACGUCGAGAUCACCGUCGAGCUCAAGAACAGCAUCCAGAUCCGCGGCACCCUCAAGAGCGUUGACCAGUACCUAAACCUCAAGCUUGACGACAUAUCCGUCGUCGAGGAUAUCAAGUAUCCGCACCUGAGCGCCGUCAAGAAUGUCUUCAUACGCGGAAGCGUAGUCAGGUACAUCCACCUGCCUGCUUCCCACGUCGACGUCCCGCUUUUGGAGGACGCGACGAGGAGGGAAGCGGCUUCUACGGCGCCCAAGCGUUAAGGUCGCGGCCCGCGGAAUGACGAGGGAGGAAAAAAAGUAGAGAUGCCUGUUUGGGACGGGUGUUGAGUUCGUCCAUUCGUUGGGGCCAAUGGACCCCGUGAUCAAUCAGACUCUGGUAGAAACCAGAUAGAUGUUGGGACGCCCGUACGGGACGGGAGGCGAAACCUUGGUCUCAUUUCUUGAAUGUGUAGAUACGGAACAUGGGCUAUGAAGCUGCAGGGCCGCAAAGCUUUACAAGCCCUGUAAGCAUGAGAAACUUGGCUCUUCUAAUCCGAUCAGAGCCUCGCAUCACUAUUUACGCAUGCCGGGCACAAAUCGAAUGACCUUGAUCAACCUUUGCUUCCGCGCACUUUGUUGGCAGGCAUAACACAUUUAUUCUAGAUCGUCAUUAAGCCAUCAAAAAAGACUCCUCGCUAAUCACCAUCGCAAAACACCCCCUUGGUUGCUUUUCCCAUCCCAGAGAGUACUCGAGUUCUGUUCAGCAGCCUGUUCUUCCUCUCCGUUCUCGUCCCGCACAAGCCUAGUGAGACCACCCCUACGACGCUCUGCCAGCCAGCGAUCAGUCCAUCCUUUCAUUCUCUUGCGUCCUACCUCGCUCCCCACGUUCACGGUAGGGACGAUCUUCUCGAUAUGAAGACUCAUGAUGAACAUGGCCAGCUCGCGGAAGGAACUGUGUUCGCUGUAGGGAACACCAAAGCACAUGGCCUCGUUGGUGCUUCCACGCUGCGGUACGAGGUCCUUGGAUGCAUACUGCGGUCUCCAAUUCCCGCCAUGCAGCAAAGUCGUCAUCGCCACUGAUGAUGGGGAAGCAUUGGCAUUCGCAGCCGUGCCCGCUGGUCGGUAGUUCCAUCCGGAAGGACGAAACCCAACGAUGCGGCCAAAAUGGGCGCGGUAAGUGGCAAGGUAGUCGGAGAGUGUUUCUGGCCGGAUCUCGGAGAGCAUCUGCAUGUGGACCUGUGCCUCUGCGGGAUUCGAGGUCAUCAAUGCCGUCAACUCGGGGUCGCCCAGUUGCGCAAUAAUGCGGAUCUUGUGCGCCGAUGCAAAUAUUUUGGUGCGCAAGGCCUGGGCUAUUGCUUUACAGAUGCGUUCUUUGCCAAUGCUGUACGUUCCACAAAUUACCAACAGGCGUGAUUUUGGGUUUAGUGCCGUCAAAGCACUCGGAGGGUUGUCACGCCCACCCGUACUGCCUUUUUUGUUUGGAGAUGAACCCGAACCUUCACCAUUGAUGAAGAAGCGGCUCACGUCAUUAUCUGAGACGCCUUCACGUCGGCGUAAGAUCCUUGUCCAUACAGAUUCGUCCUGCUCUUGCAACCCAUGGUUCAAGGCAGCGCAUAAUUCGGCACAUGAUCGUAUGACAACUUCCUGAGGUGGGAAAGAGUAGCGCGGGUUGAGGUAUGUUGUGUCAAGGUAGCAGAUAUCGAUCUUUUGCUUCUUGAUCUUGCCCGAUAUGCUGUCAAUGACCUCGGGCAUAAGUUGAGGAUGUGCGAUGUGAGCAGGACAUGCCCGGAAAUCUCCGCAGUGCAAGAUGCGUUGUACUCUGGCGCUGCUUCCUUUUCCUAAUGUCUUCUCGAACAAAAAGAGGGAGCUCCCUGGACAGUGAUUUGCCGGGAUCAUCGUCACCACUACACCCUCAGUCCCGGGCACAACAAAACGCUCUUCAAACUCCAACUCUACCACGUACUUGGCUGCUGUGCGUAAUUGGGACUUGAUUAGGCUUCCCGUCACCUUGCUGCAAUAUAUUGGACCAUGGGUCCAGUUGGCAGUCAGCCCAAUAUAAUGAUCGCUGUGGAAGUGGCUGAGAAAAUACGCGUUGCAGCCCUGUACAGCACCAUAUCGGAACGCAUCCACGCAUAUUGAGAGGCCUGGCAUGAUCUUGUAGAAUGGACAUGUGCGCUCGUAAGCUUGCCUGCCG